AUGCCUCGGAAUCAAAUAACGGAAAUUACAAAACCACUAUUCUAUGGUAAUAAGAGGGACCAACACCCGAAAGAAUUCCUGCUCAGGUUAGAGGAAUAUUUUUCAAUUAAACAAAUACGGAAAGAAGAAAUGGUUAUUGUCGCCGGAGAUUGUCUUAAGGCAACAGCAUAUAAUUGGUUUACUACUAUUCGAUUUCAAAUAAAUAGUUAUGAUAGUUUCAAACACGCAUUCAUUGACGAAUAUUGGUCACGGGACAUCCAAAUGCAGACCUGGAAUCAAUGCUUAAGUACAAGACAAAUACAAGCGGACACCAAUUAUAGGGAACAUUUUUCAAAUUGGGCAACGAAGCUGAGACACUUGGAAGUACCAAGAUUGUCAGAAGAAGAAGUAGUAAGAAACAUCGCAAGUCAAUACCCGGGAUAUUUAAGAGCAAUACUUAUUUCUCUACCGGAAUGUACUAUACUGAAUGCCAUGAAGAUACUAGGUGCAGAAGAACACCGAAGAGAGACCAAUUAUAGUGACAAUAGACCGAACCAAUACAGAGAGAAUAACUAUAAUCAGCCCCGGACGCAACAAAGGGAUAAUGGUUGGAACAAUCGACCACCACCUAGGAGGGACAAUUAUCAAGAUCAACAGCCACCCAGAAAUAACGAUUAUAACAACCGAACGGGAAGAGAACAACCCCGGAACCAAGAACGUAACUGGAGAGAACAACAACAACAAAUCAAUCAAGUCAACAUAGAAGAGACUGUAAACAGUACUCCGAAGAGGAGGAAAGAGAGAAGCGACAAUACACGCAAUAAAAAACGUACCAUGUCUAAUUUAUCAGUAAGCCCCUACAUCCAAUGUAAUAUAGAAGGAGAAUCAGUUCCAAUAUUAAUCGACACAGGUGCGACCGUGAGUGUAUUAACAAAAGAGAUAGUAGAUAAAAUAUUAAAAUGGAAUCCAAAAACACCUGUACUACCAGUAAAUAGUGUCCAGAUUAGCAAUGCAGUGGGAAAGAAAAUAUGCAAAGCUUCAAAACAAAUUUUCUGUGCUUGUCAGAUCGGUACUGCAAAUAUAUUUGUGAACUUUAUACAGAUCGAAAACCUCAAUGAACAAGGCAUCAUUGGAGCGGACGUAUUGAACCAAUAUAACGCACAAAUAAAUUUUAGUGACAAGACUAUCCAAUGGGACAUAGACCAAAAGAAGCACAUUACAAAGUUUGCUGAUAAGGAUCCCAAAGUGGUGACCACAGAAGGACAAAUCAAAAGUGUCGAAGUAAUGGAAAAACCACUGAAUCACGUACUUUUAGAAGAAGAAGAGAAAGAACGCUUCACAAACCUAAUAGAAAAGUAUGAACAUAUAUUUUCAAACGAUCCAGGAAAAGUUCACCAAUAUGAAUGUCAGAUCCGAGUUUCCCCUGGAGAACCAGUAUGCCAACGACCAUAUCCGGUUCCUAUAUCCAAAUUAAAGAAGAUGGACCAAGAAAUACAACGGAUGUUAAAUCUAGAUAUAAUAGAACAAUCUUCGUCACCUUUUUCUUCUCCAAUCGUGGGCGUGGAAAAGAAAAAAACGGAGACAUAA